AUGGUGCUCGGAGAGGAAAUUGUAACUGGCCGUGGCUCAUCAACUACUGUUGCUGAUCAUAUUGAUGGAGCGAAAGAUGACUCAUCAACUACCGUUGAAGCUGAAGAAAUCAGCGAGUCAACUAUUACUGAUCAUGGCGAUGAUGAGGAUCAAAAGAAGUUGUCUGUGCUCAUUGUGGAUGACAGCUCUUUAAUUCGACUACUGCACAUGACGAUGGUGACAAGAGCGGGCAUGGAAGCACAACUUGCUGAAGAUGGAAAGAAAGCUGUUGAUCUUCAUCGCUCCAGGGCUUCUUUUGAUCUCAUUCUCAUGGACAUGGAAAUGCCUGUCAUGAACGGUGUAGAGGCAACAAGGGAACUGCGAGCCAUGGGCGUUGAGACCAUGAUUGUGGGGGUCACUUCAAAUUCGGAGGGUCCUGAACGACAAGCUUUUGUUGAAGCUGGUCUGAAUGACUGCUACACCAAGCCCCUCAACGACGACAAGGUUGCUGCUCUCGUCCAAGCCAUCAAAGAAACCAAUAUUCAGAAGACCAUAUGA